GAGCGACAGUGACUUUAUCGAUGGUUUAAGUACGUACGACUUCGAGUGUUCGCCCGCCCAUGCGAAUCGAGUGCUUGUGGCUACGGACCUCGGGUGCGUGCUUCAUUGCGAUCUUUACGGAGGCAAGACAUCUCCGAAGAUGUACCGCUCAAGGGACGAUAACACGCAAACAGAUGCCAAAUGCCUAUCUUGUUCUCCGCACCGCAUCCCAUUUUUUCUCGUAAGUCGAUGA